GUUUAUCAUAAUACUAGAAAACGAUUAAUCUUUGCAAGAGCUAACAAAUUACUAAAAUAUGUAUUAAUUAAUCUUAUCUUUCAAAAUUACUAAUCUGUUCUAAACAAAAAUUGAUAAAAAAUUUGUGUGUUAGAUUCAAGCUUUUUUAUCAUUCUUUUUUGCUUCCAUGGAUAUCAAAAUUUCCUCUUUGAAAAACCCAAAAUAAAAUGUGUGGCAAAAGUAAUACACAGAUAUAUUUUAAUUAGGUCUUAGAGUACAAAAAAUGCUUAGCUGCUUUAGUACGUUAAGUGCUCCCAGCUUGGGGGAAAUGGAACAAACUAUCAAUUUACUUGAGCGUGGAACCAUAAUAACAAAAUUGUAUCCAAAGCAUCGUCCAGAACAGAAAAAACUGAUUUUAGUAAGAGAAACGCGACAGCUGCUAUGGUCGUCGGCAAGUGCAAAUACAAGAACUGAUUUUGAAGGAGCAUUAGAAUUAAGGGAUGUUAAAGAAGUCCGUGUUGGAAAAAAUUCGAAAGAAUUCCGUUGCUUUGUUGAUGAUACAAAAAAGUUUGAUGUAGGUAAAUGUUUUGUUGUUCUGUACGGUCAGUCUUUCAAAUUGAAAACAUUUUCAGUAGUAGCUUUUUCUGAGCAAGAAUGUGAAAAUUGGGUGAAAGGAAUCAAGUACAUGGUAUCAGAUACAAUAAAAGCACCAUAUUCAUUACAGCUAGAACGCUGGCUUCGCAAAGAAUAUUAUUCCAUAGAGAAUGCAAAUUUACACUCUAAUUCCAAAGAGGGUGGAACUGUUACUGUAAAAGAUUUCAAAUCAUUCUUGGCCGGAGUAAGCUGCAAAAUUCCUACAAGUAAGCUUAUGGAAUAUUUUCCAGAAGAUGAUAUUAGGAAGAAAAGUGAUUUGAGAUUUGACGACUUUUCUAGAUUAUACAGAAAUCUGCUAAUGCCAUACAAUUUCAUAAAAGAUUGUUUUGGCGCAGGCUUUAUAUAUUCUAAAGAUGGUGAAAAUGUCACUUUAAAAGAAUUCCAGUCAUUUUUAUUGAAUGAACAAAAUGAUUUAUUGGGAAAGGAUGAAAACGCUAUCUCCAAUUAUAUAUGCAACUUUAUUCAAGAUAUAGAAAGAGAAACACAUGAACCCUACCUAACCAUAGCUGAAUUUGUUGAUUAUUUGUUUUCAAAACAAAAUGAAAUAUGGGACAGUCGUUGCGAUAAAGUUUACAUGGAUAUGAAACAACCGAUGUCACAUUAUUGGAUUGCAUCUUCUCAUAACACUUAUUUAACAGGAGAUCAGUUUUCAAGUGAAUCAUCUAUAGAAGCAUACGCCCGAGCUCUACGUAUGGGAUGUCGUUGCAUUGAAUUAGACUGUUGGAACGGUCCAGAUAAUCUACCUCACAUAUUUCAUGGACACACAAUGACAUCAAAAAUUAAAUUUAUUGAUGUGAUAAAAACUAUUAAAGAACAUGCUUUUGUCACUUCGGAUUUUCCUGUAAUUUUGUCAAUUGAACAAAACUGCUCUUUAGAACAGCAACGAAAUAUGGCCCAAGCAUUAAUUGAUGUUUUUGGUGAUAUGCUUUUAGUUCAACGCGUCGACCGGAAUGAAACUUAUUUACCAUCGCCUUACCAAUUGCGAAAAAAAAUCAUUCUCAAACAUAAAAAACUACCGGAAUUUGAAGAAGGAGCACAGGCAAGAUCUUCAGAUGAAAACGAAAACGUCAGAAAUGUUUUAAAAGAAGGGAAAUUAUUUUUUAAAGAUCCUUGUGAUAAAACAUGGAAUCCAUAUAAAUUUGUGUUAACCCAACAAGAAUUGAUAUACAGUUCAGAAAUUGAAGAAAAUCGAGACGACGAUUUCGAUCAAUCAUUUCCAAGGACGAAAGAAAAUUUAAUAAAUGAUGAGCUUCACUUCGGUGAAAACUGGUUUCAUGGAAGAUUAGAAGGGGGCCGGAAGGAAGCAGAUGACUUGUUAGAAUCUUAUAAACAUCUAGGCGACGGAACAUUUUUAGUAAGAGAAUCGGCUACUUUUGUUGGAGACUACAGCUUGUCCUUUUGGCGAAGAGGUCGAGCAAACCAUUGCAGAAUAAAAUUGAAACAUGAAAACGGAACAACCAAGUAUUAUUUAUUGGAUAAUUUCAUGUUCGACAGUCUUUACAGUUUGAUUAUGUAUUAUCGACAAAACGUGUUAAGAAGCUCUGAAUUUUCAAUAAUGUUACGGGAGCCAGUACCACAGCCAAAAAAGCAUGAAAGUCAAGAAUGGUUUCACUCGAAUACUACUAAAGAACAAGCAGAAGCGGUUUUAAUACGAUUAGAAAUUGGUUCAUUUCUUGUACGACCAAGUGAACAAAAUGCCAAUGCUUUCGUCAUAUCAUUUACUGUCAAUUGUAAAAUAAAACAUUGUAGAAUAAAAGUAGAUGGACGCCUAUAUGUUGUUGGACAAACGCCAUUUGAGAGUUUAGUUAGUUUAGUAAACUACUACAUGAGAAAUCCACUUUAUAGAAAUGUUAAAUUGACUCAUCCAGUUUCAAAAGAUGCUUUACGCAAUAAAUUAGCAAUAAAUAAUGUUGUUAAUGAAGAAAAUGGUAACAAUGGAUGUUCCAGCUACAUGGAUCCCUCUUGCACUGAAGAACGUGUAACUUGCAAGGCUCUCUAUUCUUAUAAAGCAAAUAAACCAGAUGAGUUAUCAUUUGCAAAACAUGCUAUAAUAACUAAUGUUCUUCGUGAUAAUUCAAUGUGGUGGAUGGGAGACUAUGGCGGAAUGAUUCAACGCUUUUUUCCUGCGAAUUAUGUUAAAGUUAUUGAAUCUGUCAGUGAUGAUGCGAGUAGUAACAUCAGUGAUGACGCAAGCGAAUUUUGUACAAAAACCGACUCAAUCGAAAUCCACGGAGCUGUAGCAUCUUUAUAUGAUUCACAUGACGCAGGGAUUCUUUUAAAAAUGCUUAUACAAACACCUAUGAUGCAAAAUAUUUUCGAGAUAGGAUUCGAUAAUCGUGAUCUAGCAUUUGAAUGGGUGCAAGCAAUUCAAGCUGCUGCACAAAUUGCUAGUCAGUUGGAAAAUGAACGUCGUAAAAAAGAAAGAAAUGCGCGUGUGGCCAAAGAAAUGUCUGAUCUCAUAAUAUAUUUUCGUAGUGUUCCGUUUCGUGAAACUAAUUGGGUAUUUUAUGAAAUGUCAAGUUUCCCUGAGACCAAAGCUGAAAAACAAUUUCUUCAACAAAAUACUUUAUUAUUUUUAUCAUAUCAUCGUCAACAAAUCAGUCGAGUUUAUCCUAAAGGGCAACGUUUGGACUCAUCAAAUUUUAAUCCAAUUAAUUUCUGGAAUGUAGGUUCACAAAUGAUUGCAUUGAAUUAUCAAACGGCUGAUAAACCAAUGCAGUUAAAUCAAGCGAAAUUUCGUGAUAAUGGAUCCUGUGGAUAUAUUUUAAAACCAAAUUUUAUGUUUAAUAGUAUUUUUGAUCCAAAUGAUCCAUCAACUUUAAUUGGUGUACCAGAGAAAAUUAUUACAAUUCGUAUUAUAGCAGCGAGACAUUUAUGUAGAUCCGGUAAAAAUAUACCAAAUAAUCCCUUGGUAGCUAUUGAAGUUUUGGGCGCAAGUUUUGAUACUGGAAUAAAGCACAAAACUAGAGUUUUGGACAAUGGUUUUAAUCCUUUUUGGAAUGAAACUUGUGAGUUUACUGUCCGAAAUCCGUACUUUGCUUUACUCAGAUUUGAAGUACAAGAUGAAGACAUGUUUGCUGAAAGGCAUUUUGUUGCACAAGGCACAUUUCCAGUUCAAUGUUUGCUUACCGGUUAUCGAAGUAUACCGCUAAGAAAUAAAUUUAAUGAAGAGCUUGAACUAAGUUCAUUGCUAGUUCACAUAUCAAUUAAAACAAACGGUGUUGAUGAAAAUUGUACUGCGAUUUCUCAAAAUGCAGAACGAAUGUUAACCGAUUUAAGAAUUACUUAAAUAUUUUUAUCAACCAAUAGGCAAAUUGUGAGGACAUAUUAUGUAUAUAAAUGUUAUGCGAGUAAAUUCAGUUUUUUGUAAUAAGAAAAGUUUUUAAAGUAACAAAACUAUAAAUUUAUAUUUUUAUUUUAUUCUAAAAUUAUUUGCAAGAAAAGAGCUUUCUUAUUCUUAUAGGAGCUGAAUUAACUUCAAUACCUACAUUGCUAAAUUUGUAUUUAAUAUA